UGAUGAUGAUACAAUGACAUUUUCAUGAAAAACUAUAACUUUUUAUAUUGGGUGAAGGGUUACAGGCACCCACAAAUAAAAUGGAGUGCUAUGAAUAAACAGAAGAAGACACAUAAAAGAGAUACAGUUUGAAGCUCGCUACUGUCUCUUUAAACCUCACAGUUCCUCUUCCCUCCCCCCUCAGAGCCAGAGAGAGAGCCGUCUUCACUAGCAGCCAAAGCCUGUCUAUAAACUCCAGCCUCGUCCCCCUCCAUCUGGCAGGAGGGACUGAGAGAGAGAGAGAGAGAGAGAGAGAGAGAGAGAGAGAGAGAGAGAGGGCGAUCAGAGUCCGUGUGGAUCCACAGGGUUUAGAAUCAGAGGCAAAGGCAGCAUCCCUCCCUCAGUCAGAGGCUGUCGUCACGGCGACAGAAGGUGUCUGCUCCACGGCCGAGAGACGGAAUGCGAGGCGGAAACGGUCGCCGCAGCAACAAGAGCAUCUGAGGACUUCCAGGAUUCUAAGCAGGAGUGGAGAAGCCAAGGCUGCCGCGGGCUCGAAAAGAGGGGAACCAGGGCCAGUCUUUCAUCCACCACCUCCUCCCUCACUCCUCCUCCUCCUCCUCCUCCGCUGCUGCUUCACUUUCUCUCUGAAGGACAGCUCUGAAUGAACUCACAGUGGGUGAGUGUGGCUGGACGUACGCUGAAAGGAAAGACAUAAAAGAGUGGGAUUGUGUGUGGGAACGGGCGAGAGAGAGAAGUGGGGGUGAUCGGGAGGAAUACGACGUGUGUGAUGGUGACUGACGCCGCAACAAAACGGGAAGGAUGAGCCGAGCUCAGCCGAGCCGAAAACUGUAUUCCUGUCGUUCUUCAGGAGAAAGGAAAGGCAAACCUGCACGCACUUUCUGCCACUGACCAGGGGAGAGGUGAGAGCGAGAAAGCGUGCCAGAGUCCACUGUCAUAUGAAGUGUAUUUCCACGGUGGCUGGUGGGAUUCAAUUUGGUGAGCGUGUUCAUUUGUAUCUGCUCUUCUUGGUCUCUCUUUGCUGUCUGUAAUUGAUUUGGUGUAGUAAACCGAAGCUUGAACAUCAAGAUAUGUGUUUGAGAAAAUUGAACAUGGGAGAGAGAAAAAAUGACAGGAAGAGAGACGUUACCAGAUAAACAGAGAAACUGCUCUCCCUGUCUUUCCAGGUGUUGUCUCUUUUUGCUGCGCCUUGAAGGGUCAAGUUCUCCUCUUUUAUUCUCUUCCAAUUCUUCCUGGAGCAAAAUACAUGGAAUUUACCUUCUCUGAUGGCUUUUGAAGAAAGGCUAACAACUGGAUUUCACCCGUAAUCGAAGGAAACUAGAUUGAGAUCCGUCUUUUCCAGCCAUUUAACAAAAUGGGUGAGAAAUGUCUCUCUGACCCGGAGGAAAGGAUGCGUCAUUCCAUCUGACGCCCCUCGGGGGAUUACGUGUGAAACGUUCAUCAUAACACUUAUUGUAAGUGUAGUUGCAAUUUUGGCAAUAGCUCUGAAAGCAUCACGUCCGUUGCCUUGGUUUAAUGUUUCAGACACACACAAAUGAACGAGGAAAAACAAGCACAUAAAAUCGCUCUGGCUUUUUGGCUGAAUUUACACCCUCUCUCUCUCCUUUUCUUCCAGAUCCAACUCAAGGACAACUGAAGUUGGAAUAUUUCACCUUUUGGUUUGACUUUUUUUUUUUUUUACUCCGAACACAAGAAAAAGACAAAUGUUGCAGAUCUAAAACAAAGUAGCUCUUCGCAGGAAAAGCAUCUUUGGGAGUUUCCUUUUUGUUUCUGGAUUGGAUUUUACGUGGAUCAGUCACUCGUGCAACUCUCCUUGCCAUGUCUUCAUGGAAGAGAAGAAUUCUGCUUCAUAGCUAACCGCUUUCUGUCCAAAGUUACAUCUAAGGACUCUCCAUGCAAACUAAACACAUUCUAGGGUGAAAUGAGUCACGCUUCUUGCGCAUUUCACUUCUUCAUCCUGGAGUUCGGUGUGUGUUCUUGGAUCUAACAGCCUAAGCAUCCUUCAAUGAUUCCGGCACCUUCCGUUCCAGUCGCGUCUGUCCUGAGAUGCCCUGCUGUACACAGCAAGAGGAGGCUUGACCCCAGACCCAGCGAGGUCUCUCGGCUGCCCAGGUGUAUUUAAGAUGUUGAACCCUUCCCGUGUGGCCCGAGCCCCAGAUCGGAUCAGUAGCACUGCGGCUCCCGGAGGCCCCAGACAUGGAUCGUGGCUCGGCUCGCCCCUGCCCUCAGCGCUCCGCACCCCGGCCCGUGAGCAGCCUGUGAAGGAUGUCCCAGAGCGGAGCUCCAGCCCGGGAACCCUCUGAGACCCCCAGUCAGAGAGAACAGAUCCGCAGCCACAUGAAGAUGGUGAUUGAGCAGCUGGAAGGAAUCCUCAAGGAGCUGAAAGAUGUGGCACAUGAACUGCGGGAGGUGGUGGGUCAGAUCGACAAACUCACAUCAGAUAUCGACUUUGACCUGGAGCCCGAUGACUGGAUGGUGGCGACGGCGAGCAGCACGUCGAGCAGCGAGCGUGGCUUGGGUGAGGCUUUCAGACUGGACUUCCUCAGCCAGGACAUGCUCUCCGACGGCUGGGACUUCUGCAACUUCCUAGAGGCCUCCAACCGGAAAGCACAGCGAGAGGAUACGGAUGAGGGCCAGGGGAGGCCGUCAUCGUCCACAGCCAGCGUCUACUCACAGAUGAACGGGGGCCUCCCCGUCCCCAACGGACCCCUGAUCAUCACCCCAGACUCCUCCAGCGAGGAGGCAUCCAGCUCCACUCACAGCCAGAAAACUAGAGAACGCGUCCGCUUUAGCGACAAGAUCCUCUACCACGCUUUGUGCUGCGAUGACGAUGAAGACGAGGAGGAGGACGGUGGCGCCGAUGAGGACAAUAAAGGGGACUGUGGGACCCCAAACAUAGACAGCGUGCCCAAUCCUCUGACCUGUCCGCCCGCUGAACACCCGCCGGGGGUCUAUAACUGUCGAGAAACGGCGUCUGCGGGGCCCUCUCCUGUGAAGAUGCCAGUGAUGGGCUCUCACACUUUACCCAGAAAAGGUCUUCUGAACCCCCAAAAACUGCUACGGAACAGCAGCACACAGACGGUUUCGGAUAAGAGCACUCAGACUGUACUGCCCUACGUCCCCGCCAAACAGAAAAACAAGGACCUCUGAGAGAACAGCCAAAUUUACAUAUACAAAACACCAACGGACUGAGAAAGAAUUACAAAGAACUGUAUACUAUUUAAUAUUGAAUACAUAGAUAAUAGAUUAAAAAAAAAGAAGAAAAAAAAAAAAAAACAAUAAAUGAAUUAUUAAAUAAAUUAUAUAUGGGAAAAUUUCAAGACUUGCCAAAGUCAUUUUAGGACUCUUACACGUAUUCAGAAAAGAUAUUCUCGUCCUUUCAUAUAUUAUCAGAUCUUGGUUUCCUUUCAGCAUUAUUCUGUUUAGGGUUUCAGGGUCUUUAAAGUGUUCAUAUGAAAACUGCUGAAGUUAGGAAUGGUUCAAACACUGUUUUGCAGACAAGACAAGACCAACACUAAUGAGUUUUGUUUCUAAAAGAAGUAUCUUCUGCUCACCAAGGCUGCUUUUUUUUUUUUGCUCAAAAAUACAGUACA